UGACUUUAAAUUUAUUAAGAAACUAACUUUUUCAGAUAACAACUUUACAAAGUCAGCUAUUGUUGGAGAGAAAAGAAAAUAAACUGCUCAAAACGAAAAGUUUGGAAAAUGAUCAUAAAAUGUUAAAUUUCCAACAACAGAUCGCUGAUCUCAAUUCCAAAGUUCAGAGUACUGAACAUCAAAGUGAACUUCUACGAAAUGCUCUGGACAGUUUGAGCAGAGAGAAUGGCCGUUUAAGAAGUAUUUAUGAGAAAAAGAUUCAAGAGUUAGAGGCUAUAAUCACUUCGAGUGCCUCAGAAGUUGAAUACGCUCAUAGUAAUGAAGACAACAUUUUGAAGGAAAUAACCAGGUUCAAGAGCAUGCUAGAACUGGAAGAAGAACGUCUCAAUCUAUCCAUACCUGACAAAGAAAUUCUGACUAAUGAUGAACGAGAAGCUAAAAGUGAGCAACCAAAAUGUUUGGAGACUGACAAGAGUGAAUCUUUUGAAUUUUGUGAUGGUGAGAUAACUUCACGCUUAGAUUUCGCUUUGUCACCGAAAGUAACACCGUCAUCGUUGUUAGUAAAGUCAAAUCAUGAAAUACAUGAAAAUUCAAAUAUCACAAAUAUUCAAUUACAAGAUGAGAACCUCAAUAAUACUAAUAAUAAUAUUAAUAAUAAUACUAGUAAUGAAACUAGAAUCCAUGAUGAAAAUGCUGUUGAAAAAUCGCUUAUGUUAAGUGAACUAACAGAUAAAGGAAUUUCGAAAUCAUUGAAUUGUCAGCGUCCAACAUCACCUUUGUCGAAAUCACCAUCUAAUGCCAUUGGAUGUUUACAAAUCUGUGAAAUUGAUCCUAAUGGGCGUUAUCUACUGCUGUGGAAUUCAAGCACCAGUAAAGAGCUUGAUAUUGGAUUAUAUAAAGUCUGGCAAAAACAUGGUCAAGAGAAAAUCAAUGAGUUCACUUUCCCAUCGGAUACUCGAAUGUCACCACGCACUGUUCUUACUCUCUGGUCAAAUAGUGCUCCAGUAACUUCCAGUAUGCAAAAUACAAGAAGUGAAUUUCGAUGUCCAAGUGUUUGUAAAUGGAUGAAUGGUUCAAAUUAUAUAACAAUUGUAUCAAAUUCUUACGAUGAAAUUUUAGCCUGGCUAGUUCCAUACACUCGAUCUCUAACUAGUAGAAAUGAUCGUGAUAAUUCAGUGAAAAAUCGUCUCUCAUUAGGAUUGAAUUAUGCAUCAAAUGGGAAAAGAGACGCUUUAAUGCUUUCGAGACAAAAAUCAACCUCCUCGUCAUCAUCAUCACCUAAUCAUUCAACAUCAGCAGACGCUGAAGAUCAGACAAAAUCGACUGGAAAUUCAUCACAGACCACAUUCUAUGAAAUAACUAAAAGGUAUUCCAAUGGCAAUAUCAAUAAUAAUGCACCAGUAACACCAAAUAACAAUAACAGUAACAAUAAUAGUAAUAAUUAUAAUAAUCACUUUAUGACCAGUCGAAGCAGUUCAAAAUCGAAAAAUCUCAUCUCAAUUGAUCCACCGAAAUUGUUUCAAUCAUCUACAUUUUUAAAUGAUAAUAAAAUGAAGAAUGGUUAUUCACAUUUCCCAUAUUUCAAUUUCCUACGUCAAUCAUCCCGCUAA